GGAAAGCGUUUCCCUCUGAAGAUGCUCACUACAGCUCGUGCCUUGAGAUCGAAAAGCUAUUCAGCUCCCACCAUUCGAAGCAGAGGGAAGAUGGAUUCCCGACCUAGAACCGUUCAUGGUUCGCCUCUUCGAGAAGGUUGUAAGGAAGGGAGUGAUGAUGCCGUUAUUACUCUGCAGCAAUGGCAGGGUUGGGGAACUUCAUCUCAGUUUCCUGUCUUGGUGAAGGAGGUUGUAAAUGAUAUGGUGGCUGUGGAGAGAGCUAUGGAUUCUCAGAUGAGUUUUGGUGGAAAAGGGGGGAAGCUUCAGGGAGAUUUCAAGCUCAUAGAGGAUAAAAAGCAUAGGGCAACAUACCAAUCAUUAGUUGAUUCCGAAAAUAAACUUCAGUUUUUUUCAGCUCGACAGAUUGCAUGUCGUUUACUUGGAAGUAGGGGUUACCUUUGUCAGAAGUGCUGGCUUGCUCUGGAAGAUUGUAUGUGUUCAAAAAUCACAUCCUCCCCUUUAUGGCAUGGGAUACGGUUCUGGGUGUAUAUGCAUCCAAAGGAUUUUUUACGGCAAAAUAAUACUGGAAAAUUGUUGUGGCAAGUAUUUGGAGUUCAUGCUGCAACAUUGUGCCUCUUUGGCAUUGCUGAACAUGAAGAAAACAUGUGGAAUGCAUUCAAGCUUGGAGGAAAAAACACGGUCUGGUGCCUUUAUCCUAAUACGAACCUGUCAACCAAAUCAGUUCAGGAUGCCUUUCAGGGAUCUUUGGCUAGUUUAAAAGAUCAGCAACCGAUGAAGUAUGAAGAUUGUCAAUUGAAUUUUAUUUUGAUUGAUGGCACGUGGAACAACUCAGCUGCAAUGUUCAGUCGUUUGAAGGAACAAGCAAAGUUAGUCUGGGGAAAGGAACAUCUCUCGUGCAUUUCUCUGGCCAUGCCAGGUGUGUCUGUGAUGCACAAACUCCGGCCCCAACCAUCAUGGGACCGUACCUGUACAGCAGCAGCCGCCAUCGGUCUCUUGUCAGAACUACACGACCUUCCUGAGUUGAGCUCACUUGGCUUGGAUAAACAGGCAGAAGCAGUGGAAGACACCUUGGUGGUUUUACUGGAGGCACUUACAUCCAGGAGGCUUCGUAUGGGUAGGUCCAUCACACGCAAAGAAAGGCAAAACAUCAAUAACCAUUGACAUCAUUCCACUUGUAAGAGUAAACAUUAUCCCUUUUAGAAUAGAUUUCCUAGGUAUCUAAUCUUAGGCUCCAUCUGGUUACCAAAGAAAUAAAGGGAAGAGGAAAUUUUGUAAUCAUUACUUCAACUGAUGGUGUAACUAACUCCAAAACAUUUCAUCUUAGUUUUAGGUAAGUUAUACAAUCAUAAUUACAAAACUUUACUUUUCUUCCCUUACCCUUCCCUUCCCUUUACUUGUAACCAGACAAAGCCUUCUACCCAAAAGAAUCCUUAGGGAGGGGGUAGGGACUUUCAGAAAUACAGUAACUGUAUGGGCAGCUUAAGGGAGGUUUUGAAGGUGAGGUUGUUCAUAUUUUUGAUUGGUCUGAGUCUGGUUUUACAGAAGGAGAAAAGAGUCUUCAUCAGCUGAAAUAAAUAUGCAUGUGUUCUUUUCC